UUCCCGUACUUCGCUCCUGUCACAGCUCCGCCAUUGUUUGACUUUUCUCGUUGCUAACAGAGAUGUUACCUAGUAACUCGGCGAAGCAGUGAGACAGAAACUUCACAUUAAAACAUGCGUUUGUGGGAAACCAAGCUCAGAGGGCAUAAAAGAGGACACACGCCUCAGAAAGGUGGUGCAGCAGAGGCACAUCUAAAAGUUGCAGGGCAGUGGCCCUCCAGGACUGGAGUUAGACACCUGUGAUCUAAUGGAUCAGAUAAAUCGGGUGAUUUGCUACAAGACCAGAAAAGCUGAGAUCAUAGUCCACAACGCUGCAUCCGUAGGAUGUAUAAAGACUACAGAUCAGGUCGAGUCACAGGACUCAACGCUCUGCCCUUCGAUCCAGCAACCAACAACGAUCCUCUUCAGUUCAACGGUUCUAGUGGUCCACUUGGGACUGAGUGCGCUCCCUUGGAUAACACUGCUGAAAACGGCAAAAAGAGAAAGAGAGCCAGCCUCCCUCCAGAAGGGAUCUGUAACAUGACAAUGGACUCCAACUCGAUGACGAUGCCCAUGUCUGACCCCAACCCCUGGGCAGCUGCUAUGAAUAACAUGGGGAUGCCUCCUAUAGGAAUGACAGGACAGCCACUUCUACCAGAUUUUGAUCCUAACCUUGGCAUGAUGGCUGGAAUCACCCCCAUAAACCCCAUGAUGCCCGGCCUCGGCAUGGUGCCCACACCCGUCUCCCAGGACGUUCCAGUCGUGAAGGAGAUCAUCCACUGCAAGAGCUGCACUCUUUUUCCUCCCAACCCUAACCUACCUCCUCCUGCCACAAGAGAACGCCCUCCAGGCUGCAAGACUGUGUUUGUCGGCGGUUUGCCGGAGAACGCCACAGAGCAGCUCAUCAUGGAGGUCUUUGGACAGUGUGGCGAUAUCACAGCGAUUCGCAAAAGCAAGAAGAACUUCUGCCACAUCCGAUUUGCAGAGGAGCCCACAGUGGACAAAGCUCUCUUUUUGUCUGGAUAUCGAAUCCGUUUGGGCUCAAGCACAGACAAAAAGGACACCGGGCGGCUCCACGUUGACUUUGCUCAGGCCAGAGACGACCUGUACGAGUGGGAAUGCCGCCAGCGCAUGUUGGCCCGAGAGGAGCGUCACAGGCGCAAGUUGGAGGAGGACCGCCUGCGGCCGCCGUCCCCUCCUCCCAUCGUCCACUAUUCAGAGCACGAGUGCAGCCAGCUGGGAGACAAAAUCAAAGACGACGGUAAGUUUCCAGAGGCCGUCCGCGUGCUCCUGACCUGGCUGGAACGGGGCGAAGUCAACCGCAGGAACGCCAACAACUUCUACUCCAUGAUCCAGUCCUCCAACAGCCACAUCCGCCGGCUGAUCGGCGAGAAGAGUCAACAUGAAAAGGAGAUGGAAGAGGCCAAGGACAAGUUCAAGUCGGCGCUGGCUGGCAUAGUGGCUCAAUUUGAACAGAUUGUGUCUGUAUUCCAAGCUGCUUCCAAACAAAAGGCAUGGGACCAUUUCUCCAAAGCUCAGCGCAAGAACUUGGACAUGUGGCGCAAACAAGUCGAGGAGAUCAGAAACAUGCACAACGAGCAGCUGAUGGGCAUCAGGCGAGAAGAGGAGAUGGAAAUGUCUGACGAUGAUAUGGAGGACGUUCCUGACAGCAAAGACUCUGAGGACUCAGGUGUUUCCCAAGCAGAAGCCUUAAAGGAGGAGAACGACUCGCUACGCUGCCAGCUGGACGCCUACAGGAACGAAGUGGAGCUGCUCAAACAGGAGCAGGGAAAGAACCAGCCAGUCCACAGCGAGGAGGAUAGCACUCAUUCACAGCAGCUCAGCUUCCUGCAGCAGGCUCUGCAAGGCAUGCAAAAGCAACUUUUAAAAAUGAGGGACGAACUGAAGCAGCGGGAGGCGGAGCUGGAAAAGAGCCUGGAGGACAAACAGCAGCUGAAGUUGCAAGUCCAGAAUCUGAAGGAAGGUCUCCAGAAGCUGCAGAGCACACACACAAUGCAGCUGGAGAUGUCAAACCCGGGCGAUGGAGGCAAAGAUGACGGCAACAACAAGACGGUUGAAGCCACACUUUCAGCAGUGGUGUCCUGCAGUCAGGAGAAAAGAGGUCCCACAGAGAAAAACUCAACAAGUCCCAUUCACUCAGAGAGGGAAGCCCUGCUAGUCGGGAUCAUCUCAACGUUCCUGCACGUCCACCCGUUUGGAGCCAGCAUCGAGUACAUCUGUUCCUACCUCCAGCGUUUGGACACCAAGAUUAACCCCAGUGAGGUGGAGGCUCUUCUUUCCCGGCUGCCCUGCACCUUCAGGCAGGAGCUGACUGGCGUUGGAGCGAGUUUGGAGAAACGCUGGAACUUCUGCGGCUUUGAGGGCAUAAAGAGCACUUAGGCUCCACAGGUGACACUUCUGCGGCUUCGAGAAGACGACAGGCAACACAGACUUUGUAGCAAUGUGAAAGAUACAGUAUCUAGCUCACAAGUAUCAAAGACUCGGUACUGAACCCCGACUGUACAAGGGACACAGAGGACUGAUCUCAGAUCAAGCGGGAAUGUUACAUGAGCACUUCAGGGACUGUGUAGGUGGCAGAGACUUUAAACAUCAUCGCUGUUGAGACCAAGCACCCAUGAUGGAGUCCUCAGAAGCUUGAUCUCCGAGUUCCUGUGCAUCUGCAAAAUAUUUUUAGACAUAAAGACUCCCUGGGAGUCACAGAGGAGCACCAGUUUCUAUCGUCACUGGAUCAUCACGUAGUUUUUCCCACAGGAGCAGAGUGCGGUGCGUUUGGAGCCGACACGUGACUCUGUAUGGUAUCAGGUCUACAGGGCUAAUCCAGGAGGAGAUGAGGGUGUGUCCUCCCAACCCGUCGACCUCCUUCUCUUCUCUUUUUGCUGUUGCCGGUUUGUAACAUAGAUCAAAAACGAAUAUAUUUCUUCAUUUUCUGUAAAGGCUGUCAGCAGUUGCAUAGACUCAUUUGUUGUAAUACACUGUAAAUGCUUGGAUGAUAUUUUUGAAUAUAAAAGACAUUUGAAUAUAAAGAAAAUAGCAAAGUGUCUGUAUUUUUGUGCAUCUGGCUAGCAGGUAGAGGGUUUGUGUGACUGAUAUGCACAAGACAAGAAGGCUACCUCUAAGUUUGUGCUCAUUCUUGCUUGAAGAGCUGUGUUUUUUUCUCGUUUCCUUCAUCUAUCAGGAGCUGUACUCAGAGCUGGGUUUAGAAGCUUACAUAAGGGCAUUUGUGUCUUUCAGAAGCCAAUUAAGCCCGUCUGUCAGCCUGGCGAAAGGCAGAACGUUUGCAUCACACUUAAGUGGGAAGCACACCUAGGGGAUUGUGUUAAUGAUGUUUAAUUGGAGAGGCAGUUGGUGUGUGUGCUUUCUGGCACCGAGUGAACGGCAAACUGUAUUGUUUGUGUACUGUGCCUGCAUCCUUGUAUUAAAUGGUACUGCAGAGCUUCACGGAGUGAGGGAAGUCGUCUUCUGCACUUCCUGCAGAUAGAGAGCUCACCAGCACCAGGACCGGAGGUUCCCCCCUCACUGAAAACCCAGUCGAGCAUUCUUAAUGCGCCGCCACUGGGCCGUGGGGCGGCACGCUCUCUUCCCCGAUUGCUCUGAGAAACAAAGAUUUAUUAUAAUGUGUGAUUUGCUCUCAUUUAGCCUCUUCAGACUCCUGCAGUCACUGCUUUUGAAAAAUUAGCGCCUCUGCAUACUAUUCUUCUAGCUCAAUGUAAUGUUUUAAAAAGAAGGCCUUAACUUGCCAUUUGGACAAGCUAUUAUUUAAUUGUUUAGGAUGCCCAUUGGCUAGGCUUUACACCCAGCUGCUCUUCCUUAUGUCCAUCAUUAAAAACACACAACAUAGAGUAAAAAUCUUUCAAUGGUAGAUGACAGAUUUAACAUGCAUAUCAGUAAAUUUAGCCAUUCCAGUUAAAAGUAUGUUGCUCCUAGAAAACUUUUCAGCUACUUUUGUAACUUUGCGUGAACAUUGCAUCAUGUUAUAAUGUUAUUCCCUUAUCAAAAACAUACCUGCAGUGCUGCCUUGAUUUUUUCAUGCAUGUUUGAGAAAUUUUUUAUUUUGUCACGGCAAUCAUUCAGGUGUGCACAA